CUGUGUACAAUUGUGAAAAGACACGGGCAGAGAAGAAGAGUAGUCAGCCUACAGUUCAGUAGAAACAUCCAUUUUCUGUUUAGAGACCCGCGGCCAUCUCUGAAUCCGAGUGGAAAAGAGAAAAUAUCAUCAUGGGAGCUGUUCUGGGCUUGUGCUCCAUGGCGAGCUGGAUCCCGUGUCUGUGCGGCAGCGCCCCCUGUCUGCUUUGUCGCUGCUGCCCCAGUGGAAAUAACUCGACGGUGACGCGCCUCAUUUACGCCUUCUUCCUUCUGCUGGGAGUGGGAGUCGCCUGCAUCAUGCUGAUGCCGGGCAUGGAGGAGCAUUUGAAGAAGAUUCCGGGAUUCUGCGAGGGCGGCAUGGGCUCGUCCAUUCCCGGCGUGGAGGGCCACGUGAACUGCGACGUGCUGGUCGGCUACAAGGCGGUGUACCGCGUUUGCUUCGGCAUGGCCAUCUUUUUCCUUCUCUUUUCUCUGCUCAUGAUCAAAGUCAAGAGCAGCAGAGACCCCCGAGCUGCGCUUCAUAACGGGUUUUGGUUCUUCAAGUUUGCAGCGGCUGUCGCCAUCACCGUUGGGUCUUUUUUCAUCGCAGAGGGUCCCUUUACGACCGUGUGGUUCUACAUCGGAAUGGCGGGUGCGUUCUGCUUCAUCCUCAUCCAGUUGGUUUUGCUGAUUGACUUUGCGCAUUCCUGGAACGAGUCCUGGGUGGAGAAGAUGGAGGAGGGCAAUUCACGCUGCUGGUACGCAGCCCUGCUGUCGGUCACGGCGCUCAACUACGUGUUGUCUCUGGCGGCCGUGGUCUUGUUCUACGUCUACUACACCCACUCUGACGGAUGCACCGAGAACAAGGUCUUCAUCAGCAUCAACAUGUUGCUCAGCCUCGGAGCGUCCGUCAUUUCCGUCCUGCCUCAGAUCCAGGAGUCCCAGCCCAGGUCCGGCCUACUGCAGUCCUCCCUGGUCACCCUGUACACCAUGUACUUGACCUGGUCCGCAAUGACAAACGAGCCCGACAGGAAGUGCAACCCAAGCCUUCUGGGUAUCAUCGGGCUGAACUCCACCACCCCUGCACGUGAGGACCAUGCGGUCCAAUGGUGGGACGCCCAGGGCCUUGUGGGUUUGAUCCUGUUCCUCCUGUGCGUCCUAUACUCCAGUAUCCGUAACUCGUCCAACGCUCAGGUGAACAAGCUGACCCUGACGAGUGACGAGUCGGCCCUGAUCGACGACGGGCCUCGGGCCGAGAGUCUCGAGGAGAGCGGCGGGGCCAACCGCGCCGUGGAUAACGAGAAGGAAGGAGUCACCUAUUCCUAUUCCUUCUUUCAUUUCAUGCUCUUCCUGGCUUCGCUCUACAUCAUGAUGACGCUGACCAAUUGGUACAGCCCCGACUCCAACUAUGAAACCAUGACGAGCAAGUGGCCCUCCGUUUGGGUCAAGGUCUCCUCCAGCUGGAUCUGCAUCGCUCUCUACGUGUGGACUCUGGUGGCUCCGCUGGUCCUGGUCAACAGGGACUUUGACUGAAACACUCAUUGUCCCCAUCGCUUGUGCAUACUUAUGCAAAUGUCAGCUUCGCCCGUGUUUUGUCGCUGGCUGCGUCAAAAUCGUCUCGCUGCGAUUCAGCGGUUUGAAAAGUUUUUGUUUUCCUAACCCUGAGCUGCAGCCGAAUCCCAUUUUGCGUGUUCCCGUGUGACUCUUAAGCAGCGUGUUCUUGUGGUUCCUGUUGUAAAUACGUGACCUGGAUGUUUCCCCGGUGUGUUCUAUUCAAAUUCGUGCAUGCUUUUUACACACACACACACAUUUACACACGCAAUGCAUUCCUGAUUCUGUUGGAGGAAUAGGUCUGUUUGUGACUUGCAACUUUUUUAAGUUUUUGCUGUUCACACUAGUUUCCGCACUCAGCACUUGUAUUGUAUUAUGGCUAUAAGCUCUGCUCUUAUCCAAAUAUGACUUUUAAAAUGUUAAGUGUAUUGUAACUGAGUUGUCCCCAACCUUUUUUGCCCCACGGACCUGUUUAGACAACAGCCUUUAAGGUGUGUGUGACAGAUAAAAACAACAAAUAAUAUAAUGUGACCUGCACGAAAACUGGUGUUUUCCAAACAGAAUAAUAAACAUGAUUCAUGACACGAAGAA